CCGGGUGGGCCCCCCUCGCGCGGACGGCCCCCCACCGGCCGGCCCCCAGGAAGCCCCGCCCCGCGGGCGGACCCCGCGCGGGGAAGUCGCCGCCCGGCCGCCCGGCCAGAGCCAGAGGCCGCCCCUCGCCGAGCUCCGAGGCUGCCGCGGCCGGGCUAUGGGGCUCUGACGCCAUGGGCGGCUCCCGGGGCCUCCUGGGCCUCCUGGCGGCGGCGCUGCUCUUCGGCUUGCUGUCGGUGAUCUUCACGUUUGUCUGGAUCCUGCACUACCGGGAGGGGCUGGGCUGGGACGGCACCGCGCUCCAGUUUAACUGGCACCCGCUUCUGGCGGUGAUCGGCUUCGUCUUCAUCCAAGGGCUAGCCAUCAUCGUAUACAGACUCCCAUGGACCUGGAAAUGCAGCAAGCUCCUGAUGAAGUCCAUCCACGCCGGGCUGAAUACCGUUGCUGCCAUUCUUGCGAUCGUCUCCCUGGUGGCUGUUUUCGAGAACCGUAGAGCCAGAAACCUCACCAAUAUGUACAGUCUGCACAGCUGGAUUGGCCUGACAGCUGUCAUACUCUAUGUUUUACAGCUUGUCCUAGGUUUUUGCAUCUUUCUGCUCCCAUGGGCUCCACUUUCUCUCCGAGCAAUAGCCAUGCCCAUACAUGUUUAUUCUGGACUUUUCCUCUUUGGGACAGUGAUUGCAACAGUCCUUAUGGGAGUGACAGAGAAGCUGACUUCUCCCACCACAACUCCCCCAUACAAUUCAUUCUCACCAGAAGGUAUUUUCACAAAUACCCUUAGUCUUCUGAUUGUGUUGUAUGGGGCCCUCAUCUUCUGGAUUGCUACUCGGCCACAAUGGAAACGUCCCAAAGAACCAGAUUCCUCCAUUCUUCAGUCCAAAGGAGGCGCUGGAGAGGAAGUGGAAGGCACCAUAACCAUGAGCUUGGGCGACAAAUCUGAAGCAGAGUUAAACAAUGAAGUAGCAGCCAGAAAGAGAAACUUCGGUCUUGAUGAGGCUAGCCAGAGGUCUACCAUGUAAAAUGUCACUGAACCGUAUAACUGCACAUUUUAAAAUACAGCCAUAUAAAUUCACCUUUAAAAACUAGCUGUACAGUUUCGCUUCUCCUAGUCAUAAGAUGAUCAAGCUACAUAGUGUCAAUAUUUGUUGUGAUCACCGUAGAGCAUUUCUUGAAAGAAUUUGUAAUGACUGAAGGUUCUGAGUUACAUGAGUGGGAAAAGACACAAUCAAUAUAAAUAAUAAAAGAUAUAAAUUGUG